CACUGAACAUGACGAACGAUGUGGCGGGUGCUACUUUCAUGGCAGCGGCUACGUCCGCGCCAGAAUUGUUUGUGAAUGUCAUCGGAACAUUUAUAACAGAAGGUGAUAUUGGUGUGGGCACUAUCGUUGGGUCUGCAGUUUUCAAUAUUCUGGCUGUGGCUGCCUGCUGCGGCAUCGGCGCCGGAAUGGUGGUACCCUUGGAUUGGUGGCCGUUAACAAGAGAUUGCUUAGCGUAUGGCAUUACGGUGUCUAUACUUAUUUGUAUUAUGCAUGACGAAUAUGUGCAGUGGUACGAAGCGUUCCUUCUUGUUUUGUUAUAUGGCGUAUAUAUUUGCAUUAUGUAUUACGAUAAAUCUAUACAAAAUUUUGCAAAAGGAAGUUGGAUAUGCAUUUCAAACAUGUUAAAGAAGGACAAUGAAAAGCAAGACUCGGUUUUACCAGUAGACAAUGAAAAUAAGGAUGUAAAGAAUCUGUCCACAAUUGAUCAUCACCAGCACAACGGGAAUGUUAAAAGUGUGCCAAUAUACAAGGAUGCGAAUGAAAAGAAACUUGCAGUGGAUACUACUCAACAAAUCGAAAAAUUCAAAAACGAUGACGAUAAGAGUGCUAAUGGUGAAAACGAUUCUAAAGUUGGUGAUAUGGAAAUAGCAUGUCAAGAAGAUACGAAUCAAAGUAACGUGGAAGAAGGUAACAAGGAAGCCGUUGAAGAAUAUCGUCAUUCUUUAUGGAAAUGGCCUAGUGGAAGAAGUAAACUUACGAAGACGACUUGGAUUGUCACGUGGCCUAUACAUCUCGUGUUUCUUUUCACGAUUCCUGAUUGUGAAAAGCCUCGAUUCAAGAACUGGUUUCCACUAACAUUCAUAAUGUGUAUAGUCUGGAUUGGCUCGCUGUCUUAUAUCGUAGCGUGGAUGAUAACUAUUAUUGGUGAUACGUUAAUGAUACCUGAUUCUGUUAUGGGAAUUACAUUCUUGGCCGCCGGAACAUCUGUACCGGAAGCUGUAUCUAGUGUAAUUGUUGCUAAACAAGGUCACGGAUCAAUGGGCAUAAGCAACUCUAUAGGAUCCAAUACAUUUGACAUACUCUUAUGUUUGGGACUGCCGUGGUUAAUUAAAGCGUCGUUAACUCCAGCUGAACCCGGCAACUAUUGGGUGAAGAUUAAUUCGAUGGGUCUAGAAUAUUCAGCGAUUUCACUGCUGUCGACGCUUCUACUACUGUAUCUGACUUUCUGGUUCAACAAAUUUAAGUUGGACGCAGCGGUGGGGAGGGCGUGCCUAGCUAUGUACGCCAUGUUCCUGGUACUGGCCACGCUCAUCGAAUUAAACGUUUUCUUCCCGGUGAACGUGCGUACUUGCAAGAGAACCGAACUGAAAUCUUAACUACUAUACAUAUCCAGUGAACUGAAUAAAACCUCAACAGUGAUAUCAUUUGCGUCAGUCACAUACUAAGAAAGCAUCAGAUUUUCGAUGACAAGAUACUGUUCGAAAACUGUAUUAAAUUUUUACUCUCACUUUAAAAGUGAUACGAUGAUAUAAAUUUUAGAAUCAAGAUUAAUAAAGUUAAGUUUAUUAUUAAUUAUAUUAUUAUUUUAUCUUUUGUUUGAAGAACUAAAAAGAUUACAGUUUUUUGUUGUAUCAUUGUGUCAUUAUUCUCCGGUGUCUAUAAUUUAAUUGAAAUAUGUUUCAGUAUAUAAGGAACAUUAUCCGAAUUUAACGUCAAAUACUUUUAUAGGUUUCAUACUAUUAAUAACCCUCAAAUUACAGAAAAGGGGAAAUCAACGGCAACAUUUUGUAUUUUAAAUAUAUUUUUUACUUACCUUCGUAACAUAAUAUUCAUAAGUCGGAAAAUUGUUUUGUAAAUAAAUACACGUAUGAUGUGAUGUAUCAACAAAUAAGAUUAAAAAUA